CGAAUGCUGCCCCUUCGUCCCUGUAAGCCGCGACGGAUGAAGCUCUUGGCCUGUCUUCCCGCUUCGGCCCGUCUUCACCGUCUUAUCGACCACCGAACAAUUCCAUUACAUCUAGUGCUGACAGCGGAUCAAUGAAGCCUAAGACCCAAUAUCUUAGCGAGCCGACCUAUUAGGUUGCUCAGCCUCACCUGGUCCAUAAAAUAAUUGGGGGCCAUCUUUGGAAUCGCUACCAUUUAUUAAGCGUUCCUCCCUUCCACGGAGUAGAAUUAAGCAUCAUCGAGUUUACCUCUCCACGAUCGCAAUAUGUCCAACCCAACACUAGUCUUCUGUGCCGGUGCCUGGUACUCACCAGUAGCAUUCGGUCCACUCAUCGAGAGGCUGCCUGAGUAUACCUGUCGCACCGUGGCCUUCCCCUCCAUCGAGCAAGCCAAUGAAGUCAAAGACCUCCAGCCCGACAUCACUGCCGUCCGCAGUGUGGUCGAGACAGAAUGCGAUGCCGGAAACAACGUUGCAAUUGUCCUGCACAGCUGGUCUGGUCUCCCCGUCAGCAGUGCCCUUGAUGGACUCAGCAAGUCGGAGCGCCAAGAAGCGGGUAAAUCAGGGGGCGUGGUGAAGCUCAUCUACCUCUCUGCAUUUAUUCCGGAGGUUGGUGAGAGUUUGAUCGGGGCAUUUGGAGGGGUGCCACCGGAUUGGUAUGUUCGGGAUGUGGAGAAUGGCACCGUGCUGCCUGACGAUCCCUUCAAGUUAUUUUUCCACGAUGUUCCCGAUGGCCAGAAAUGGGCCGAGACAUUGCGACCCCAUGCAUGGGCGACCAAGAAUAGCCCUGCCACAAGUGCAGCGUACCUGCGAAUUCCAUCUGCCUAUCUGCUGUGUGAAGAUGAUCGAGCAAUCCCAUUUUUUGCACAAGAAGGAAUGGUUGAAAAGGCCCGAGCCAAGGGAGCCACGUUCGAGACAGACAAGGUUAAGACGGGACAUACGCCGUGGCUGGUGGUGCCGGAUCAGGUGGUGGAGUUUGUGAAGAGACAUGCAUGAGAGUAAUAUAAUUAAUUUGAAGAGCAGUCAUUUCGAUUGAACGAGUCCUUCCAUCUGCAUCCUGCUUCCCUUCAAGUGAGGGGUUCGAGCGUUGAGAAUCACAUCGUGGCGGGUGGUCCCAUUACCGGAGCCCGUCCGCGCCUGUCUUCCUGCAUGAAGCUAACGGCUUAGUUGCUUGGUUUAGUCUUCUCAUUACUCAUUCACACUUAAUAUCCUGCUUAACUCUGCUACUACUGGCUCUCUCUACUCUCUGGCGGAAGAUAUAAUACCCCUUUCUCUCGAUACUCUCAGCCCGG